AUGUUCUCACUCGACAAUCUCUCCAUACAAUACCCUCACGCCGAGGUGGAGCGUGUUCCAGUGUUAUGGCUCUUUAUAUAUGCAGGCGCAGUCCCCCUCGGUACCCUCGUAGCCUGGGCCCUCAUUGUUCGCCCCGGCACCCAUAAAUCGCACGUUACCAUCCUCGGAUGGUUCAUCUCGCUGAUCCUCACGCUCUCUGUUACGGACCUCGUCAAGAACGCCGUCGGCAGACCACGACCCGAUCUCAUCGCAAGAUGCAAACCCGAACCAGGCACGCCGGAUCACCAGCUCGUUACAUACAAGGUUUGCACGGAGGAGGACCACCACGUGCUGCAUGAUGGAUGGCGUAGCUUUCCCUCGGGACAUAGCAGCUUCGCUUUCAGUGGGCUAGGUUAUCUAGCGCUUUUCCUUGCGGGCCAAUGCCACGUAUUCAGGCCGCGAACGGACCUGGCGCGAAUGUUGCUUGCGCUUGCACCUCUGCUAGGUGCUGCGCUCAUUGCUAUUUCGCGGUGCGAAGAUUAUCGACAUGAUGUUUACGAUGUCACCACGGGAUCUUUACUGGGUAUGCUGGUCGCGUAUACUACGUAUAGGCGCUAUUACCCACCUCUGAGGAACAGCAAGUGCGCAACGCCUUAUCCGAACCCUGGAGAUUCAACGAAUGGAUUCAGUAAGCUAAAGGAUGUGGAAGAAAGAAUAAGCGGUGCUGGUGAAUUUGAGCUGGAGGACCUUGACGAAGGGGACGAAGAGGGCGAAAGUAGGCCAUUGAACACACGGAGAUAG